CUCCUCCUUACCACCCUCCCUACCCUCCUUUGCUCUCAGGCCCCCUCUCUUUCCCUUAAACUUGUUAGACUUCCCCCUUUUCUUACACACCAGCCUCCUUUGCCACACACAGUCCUUUCAUACUGCACUCCACAAAAGCAGAAGCGAAGAAGAAACCGUUGAUUGUAGGGGAAUAUGGAUUUGAGGGUAAAAACAUGGCACAUGGCAGGGCUCAUGUUGGCCAUAACUUGCUGCACUGUGAUAUCAUCUGUAGCGGCUUGCAACAAAGCUCUAUGUGCAAGUGAUGUCAGCAAAUGUCUCUUGCAGGAGCUCUGUCAGUGCAACAUUAAAGAAGAUGACUGUCCCUGCUGUCAGGAUUGCAUGCUGUGUCUUGGGAGUCUUUGGGACCAGUGCUGCAGUUGUGUAGGUUUGUGCAGUGAAAAUAAGGGAAGUCAAAAGCAUGCAGCCCGAAGAAGUUCACUGGAGGUGUUGCCUGUCCCACUGCCUUCUCUGUUUCAAUCACUGAGUGAACUGCAAGGAGAUGCAGCUAUGGACUGGAGCAUUCACACACUGCCUGUCACUAAAGAGCUCAGUCAGAAAUCUAACCAGGAUCACAUAUUGCUUGGUGCACACACAGCUGUACCUCCUCCAUCUUCAGUGAAUACAUCUGCCACCUGCACUGUGAUGUAUUUUAAAACCUGCAUGUCUAUGAGACGAUGUCAUGAAACCUGUGAAUUUACUGGAUCAUCUAGAUACCGGUGGUUUCACAAUGGCUGCUGUCAGUGUGUGGGACCAGACUGCUAUGGAUAUGGAAGUAAAGAAGCUAUGUGCCAACAGUGUCAUCCUAAAGGAGUACUGGUUGCUGGGGAAGCAGAUACAAAAUAAUACUGAAAGAUCCACAAAAAAAAACAGCAAGAGACAAUUGAGAGGUGAGCUUUGAAAUGCACAAUCUUUAGUACUCAACAUUAAUUCAUAUAAUGUUUAAUACACUCAACAGCCAAGCCAGAAACCAUGAAAACUUUUUCUCUGCUUUGUCUAUAUUAUGGUUAGUCAUAGGGACAAUUUUUGGAAGGCUUAUUUUACCUAACUAAGCAGGUCUGUAAAAGUUAACAAAAUGAAAAACGAAAAACCGCAUGAGUCAGCAAGAUGUAGCAAUAUUAUCAGUAAUAUAUUAUUUUCUGUAAUAUAUUAAAGAAUCUUUUUGCACAAAACUAAAUUUCGUUCUUGUG